ACUCCACUUCCAUCUCAUUUAGCUGUUGGCAUUCGAGAAAGAAAGAAAUAAGCGAAGUGUGAACGAAGGCAACAUAUUUAUUAAAAUAAAAUAAAAAGAAAAAGAAAAGAAGAAAACGCCAAGAAAAAAAGGAAAGUGCAUUUUCAAAGAGAUAAAAAGUUAAAAAUCAAAAAUCUAUUAUCGAAAAUAAUCCGAGAUCAAAACGUAUCUUUCCAUGGAUAUUUGAGGACAAAAACUAAUUCAUAUCCGCAAUUGCGUUAUUUCCAGAAAAAAAAUAAAAUAAAACAAAAACUUCUUGUGAUAUAAAAACAAUUGAAAGCAAAAUAAAAACUAUCGUGAAUGUGUUUAAAAAAAACUAAUACAUUUAAAACACAAAUUACAAAAACAAUUUUAAAACAAAACAACAACAAAAACUGUGAAAAAAUAAUAUAAUGACAAGUGCAUUAUAAAAAAUCUUCAAUUUAUCAUUUUUAUAUUAAAAACGGUGAAUUGUGAAAGUUGAUGAAAAAAUAAAAUUAAUUUAAAGAAAAGAAAAAACAAUAAUUAACAAAACAAAAAAGCAGCAUAAGCGAACGAUUUUAAUAUUUAUAUAAGUAUAUUUUGUAUAGAAAGUAACAACAAUAAAUAUAUAAAAAAAUAAAUAUUUUAUGUUCUUGAAUGUAACCAACUAAUUAAGAAUACAAAAAAUAAAGAAAACUCAAAGCAAAGCAAAAUAUCCGUCGGAAACCGAACUAAUUAAAAUAAAAUAAAAUAAAAUAAAAUAAAAUAAAAUAAAAUUAUAUACCAGCUCGGAUUUUUUCCGAUUCGAAGCGAAAACAAAUUAAAUUAAAAAAAAAAACAUACAAAAUUAAAAAUCUGAGGAUUAAGCGAAGGAGUUAAGUUUUUCAUUUUUGUGAAAACAUUAUAGCCAAUAAGUUUACAAGAUGAUGACAGAAAUAAACGCGGCCAAUCACCUGAAUAACAUUGGCACGCCGAAAAGCAUGGUCAACGAGAAGGCUCUUGUUGCGACAUCUCUCAGCGAUGACAUGGGCUGGAAAGCUAAACUAAAAAUCCCGCCAAAGGAUAAUAGGAUUAAGACUAGUGAUGUUACUGACACCCGUGGUAAUGAAUUUGAGGAAUUUUGUUUGAAACGUCAACUUCUGAUGGGAAUAUUUGAAAAGGGCUGGGAAAAACCAUCACCUAUUCAAGAAGCAGCAAUUCCCAUCGCUCUCAGUGGAAAGGAUGUAUUGGCCCGUGCCAAGAACGGUACUGGUAAAACAGGUGCGUACUGUAUUCCCGUGCUGGAACAAAUCGAUCCCUCCAAGGAUAUCAUUCAGGCCCUUGUAAUUGUGCCCACGAGAGAGCUGGCCCUGCAGACUUCACAAAUUUGCAUUGAAUUAGCAAAGCACUUAGAUAUUAGAGUUAUGGUGACAACUGGUGGUACCAAUCUAAAAGAUGAUAUUUUGAGAAUAUACCAAAAGGUACAACUAAUAAUUGCGACACCGGGUCGUAUUUUGGACUUAAUGGAUAAGAAAGUGGCCGAUAUGUCACACUGUAGGAUUCUUGUGCUGGACGAGGCAGAUAAACUUUUAUCACUAGAUUUUCAAGGCAUGCUGGACCAUGUUAUAAUGAAACUGCCGAAAGAUCCACAAAUUCUGCUAUUUUCGGCCACAUUCCCACUCAGUGUUAAGAACUUUAUGGAAAAACAUCUACGAGAACCCUAUGAAAUAAAUCUAAUGGAAGAACUAACACUUAAAGGUGUUACGCAAUAUUAUGCUUUUGUGCAAGAACGGCAAAAAGUCCACUGCUUGAAUACAUUAUUUUCGAAAUUACAAAUCAAUCAGUCGAUUAUAUUUUGCAACUCGACGCAGCGUGUCGAAUUACUUGCCAAAAAGAUCACCGAAUUGGGAUACUGUUGUUACUAUAUACACGCUAAGAUGGCGCAAGCGCACAGAAAUCGGGUUUUCCAUGAUUUCCGACAGGGGCUAUGCAGAAAUUUAGUUUGCUCUGAUUUGUUUACACGCGGUAUUGAUGUACAGGCUGUGAAUGUUGUUAUUAAUUUUGAUUUUCCACGAAUGGCUGAAACAUACUUGCAUCGUAUUGGUCGUUCCGGUCGUUUUGGACACUUGGGUAUUGCCAUCAAUCUAAUUACCUACGAGGAUCGUUUUGAUUUACAUCGUAUUGAAAAAGAGCUCGGAACUGAGAUUAAACCCAUUCCAAAGGUUAUUGACCCAGCUCUCUAUGUGGCUAACGCAUUAACUGCAGGAAAUGGCAGUACCGAUUUGAAUAACUCAACCAACGAAGAAGUCAAUGUGAGCAAGUGAAACGAAAUAAACACCGAUUUAUAACAACACAUGAAUCAAUAUUAUUAUCAUCAUAAUCAUUACUAUCAUCAUCAUCAACACAAGCAUUAUCACCAUCAAGUACCACAACAACAACAACAACAACAAAAAAACGAACAACAACAACAACACCAACAACGUUCUAAACUAAAUUUUUCAAAAUACUAAAAAUUAAAGAGAAAACAGGAAGAAGAGAACAAGUAGAAAAGAGAAGAAGAAUUAAUUUAAAAAAGAAAAUUUAAACAAAUGAACAGAUUUUUAAAAAAAAAAUUAAUAAUCGCUAAAUUAUAAAUAAAAAUGAAUAAAUAAACAAAUAAAAACAAUGAAGUGCAAGUUAUAGUGAUUUAUCUGUUUUCCCUUAAUAAAAAAAUAAAAUAAAUCUUUAAAAAAAAGAAACAAAAUAAACAAAAAUGUUUUUCUUGGAAAAAAUUAUGUGUAAACCAAAACAAAAACUGAAAAUACAAUCAAUUUGCUAAACAAAAAGAAAAAAUAUUAGCAAAUAGAGUAAAAAAAACUAAAAACAAAAAACUUAUUUGCGGCCAAUUUUUUAAAAAGUUAAAGCAGUGUGUUCAAAGAAAUUAAUUUAAAAAAAAAACAGUAUGGGUUGAUGAAUUGGAAAAAAGAACUAUUAUUUUCCUUUUUUCUAAUUUGUAUGAAUGUGUAAUAAAAAAAAAUAAGUAAUUAAAUCAAGAAUUAUAUAAAAAGAGCAGUUUAAAAGUAAAAACAAAAGACAUUAAAUUUAUAGCCGUUUUCUGUGUCCUUGCGCGGCAACAAAAAGUAAAGAAUUAUUACAAAAGAAUUAUGUUUGAGUUUGCGUGUGAUGAAAGAAUUUUUUAAAACUUAAUAAUAGAAAAAAGUCUUGUGAUCGGUAAGCUUCAAACAUGAAAAUAGAAACAAAACAAAAAAAUAGACAAACACUAAAUCAAAACUAUGGGAUGGUUAGAUUCCAAAUUAAAUUAGCUUUUUUCUUUAUACUUUUCCAAAAACACUAAACUAAAUAUCAUGAAAUCCGGGAGUUAAACAUAAUUUCAACGCACAAAAACUGCAUGUGAUGGUGGUACAAAAACAAACAAACAAAUAAAUCAGACAGUCCAACCAGAACCAGCCCAUCAAAGAACAAGGAUCUCAAAUAAGUCGAUAUCAUUAUUAUUAUUAAUUAAAAAUCAUUUAUUCACCCAAUAAACCAACAGCCAACGUUUGUUUUAGAAUAACUUACAUAUAUAACUACUUUUGCCGAAACCUGGUGUUAAGUUUUGUUGUUUACUUAAUUUCUUAAAUUGGUCAGCAAUGCAAUUAAAUAAUAAAAAUUUCCUUACAUUAAACUUUUCUUUUUAAUUUUUAGUAUAUUUUAGGUAAAUCAAAAUUGUUGAACAAUACAAAAACAAAAACAAAAAAUAAAACAAAUCAAGAAGAAUUUAAAUGAAAAAUAAAAAAUUUAAAAAUCAUGUGCAAUUUUUAUUAAAUUGAAAAGUAUUUUUAUAGUCUGCUUUUACUGGCAUGAAAAGAGAGAGAGACUACUUCAAAAUAGAAAAACAUUUUCAUUUAUAUACAUAAUAAUUUUAAUUAACAUAAAAAAUACUUUUCAAUUUAGUAAAGAUUAUUAAUAUAUAUUUUAAAAAACAAAAACAACAAGAACAAAUAAGAUAUUUUAAGCAGCAGGCCUCUGUAUCCAAGAAUUAAAUACAAAAAAAGAUCAGUAAGAAAUACACACAAUUAUAGUAUCAUUGCAGUUUUUAAAUUUGAAUGUAUUUCGAUUAUUGUAGUUUAUUUUUUUUUUUAAUUGUACAAUUGUUGAAACCAAAAAUAACAUUAUUUCUCACAAAAUCCAUAGUCCUUAAAUUAACAAAAAAAUAAAAAUGAAAGAAUCAAUAAAAACAAACAACAGAAAAGAGAACAAAGAAUCAUAUCAGUUUUAUUUUGAAAUUACAAAUAUUUGCCUGUGUUUUCUAAACCCAUAGCGACCAAAAAAAGCUGUGGAGAGUAAACUGCUCUAGUUUUUGGAACAAGCAAAACAAACAUACAAAUCAAAACACCAAAUUUCUGAACUACUGGACAAAAAAGUGGAGACUUAAAUGUCUGUAUCUUUCUCAUACAAGAACAAAAAAGAAAAUUCAACAUACAUCUUUAUAUGGGCGCUACAGCGCUAAGCUUCUUACUUAACGUUAAUUCUUCAUUUCAUCUUCUUAAAAGCUUUGAAGCCCAAAAACUUUUUAUGGAAAUAAUAUUCUAUCGAAUGUAUUUUUAUAAUCCAUCAAAAAAGGUCUUGUUUCUUUUUUCAAGUCGAAGUAUGCUAUUAAAGUCUACAAAGUAGUCCAUUUCGCCUGCAGAAGUAGGUCUAACUGGUUAAAGAUUAACCUAAUUCAAAAUGCGUACAACAUUUGUGUUAAUAUCUGUUUGGGGAUCCAGCUUUGUCUCCAUUUGGUGGGGUUCUUACACUAUCUUUAUUAUGUGGCAAUUUGUAUGCUGUUUUUGUGGAGCUUGCUUAGCUUAAAUACAAAAACCAUAAUAAAACAUCCAAAUCUGAAGGAAAGAAAAACAAAGGAGUAAAUGAAAGUUAAAGAUAAAUAAAACAUUAUUCUGAAAAACGUUACAGCAACCUUAAUUGCUAUAAAGUGGUUCAAUUCGAAUUUCGAUAUGGAUUGUAUUUUAAAAGUCGAAUUUGGUUUUCAAAUUGAGUUCUCCUUUAUCCUAGAAAUUUACUCCAUUUACUUUUUCACUUAAUUUCAACUAUCAAGUCGUGAAAUUGUUGGAACUGGUUUCUAAAAUCCAAAAGUAGUUCUCUUUUCAUUUUCCCACAACAACCCAAUGAAAACAACUUCAAUGACUAUAAAAUAAAUACAAAAUUAAAACAUUUUUAUAAAAACAAAACACAUGACACCAAUUAAAGUGCAUUCGAGUGACAAGAUUGUAAAAAAAGAAAAUGUAUCUAAAUGAAUAAAAUUAUAAUAGCAUAAAAUAAAGAAAAAAAGAAAAGAAAAAUUGUUUGUAAAUAUGUAACUUAAAUUAGAAUAAUUUUGUCCGUCUCCGUUUUGGCGAGACUCUAAACAAAAAGACACUUAAACAACUUUGAAUAAAUAAUAAUUUACAAAAUAAAAAACAAAAACAAAACACUCAGUUGUAAAUCCCUUGAAUAAAUAAAAAUUGUAAUUUUAAAAAAUCCAAUCAUCCAAGAGGCACUCAAAACAAUUUGGUUUAAACAUUCAUAACUGAAAAAAAUUAAAAACUUAAGAUUACAUUAACAAAAAAAAAA